AUGGAGGCGGACCGGAUUCCGGCGGCGGUGAUGCGCGAAGACGUCGGAAGCGGUGCGAUGGAGAAAGAGAAGGCGAAGCGACGUAUGAACGGUUGGAAAGAAUAUUUGGAGCAAUCAAAGGAGUUUAUCAAAGCGGACGGUGGAACGCCGCGGUGGUUUUCGCCGUUGGAGUGCGCUUCGCGUAUGGAAAAUUCUCCGCUUCUGCUCUUUUUGCCUGGGAUUGAUGGCGUGGGACUUGGACUUAUUUUACAUCAUCAGAAACUUGGAAGGAUUUUCGAUAUAUGGUGCUUGCAUAUUCCAGUCGCAGAUAGAACACCAUUUACAGACCUUGUGAAAAUAGUUGAGACAACGGUCAAGUCAGAAUAUCAACGUUCACCAAACAGACCCAUAUAUCUUGUUGGAGAAUCUUUAGGAGCAUGUCUUGCGCUGGCUGUGUCAGCACUUAACCCUGAUAUUGAUCUUGUACUAAUUUUGGCGAACCCAGCUACUUCGUUCAGCAGGUCAAACUUGCAACUUCUCACACCGUUAUUAGAUGCCUUGCCUGAUCCACUCUCUCCUAGCCUGCCUAACAUUCUCAAAUUGACAGCAGGUGAAUCUCUGAGGACGGUGUUGGAUAAUGUGGUCCAAGGGCUUCCUUUGCAAAAUAUAGCUGGAGAUCUAGCGAAGGAUUUUACUACUUUUUCAUUAUCUCUGCCUGUUCUUGCUGACAUUUUACCAAAAGAAACACUUCUGUGGAAACUAAAGUUGCUUAAGUCAGCUUCUGCUUAUGCCCAUUCACGCCUUUAUGCUAUCAAAGCUCAGACUUUGAUACUUUCCAGUGGAAAUGAUCAGUUACUGCCUAGUCAACAGGAAGGAGAAAGACUACUUAAGUUACUGCCUAAAUGUGAGCUUCGUAAAUUUGAUGACAGCGGCCAUUUCCUAUUCCUGGAAGGCAGCAUUGAUUUGGUAACGAUCAUCAAGGGCACUUCAUACUACCGUCGUGGCAAGUAUCAUGACUAUGCAUCAGAUUUUUUACCGCCAACACCUGAUGAAGCCAGAAAAAUAAUAGAAUCAUACAGUUUGCUUAAUCUUGUUACAAGUCCUGUAACGCUCUCGACAUUGGAGGAUGGGACGAUUGUAAAAGGCCUUGCUGGAAUUCCUUCAGAUGGGCCUGUAUUGUUUGUUGGGUACCACAUGCUGAUGGGAUUAGAAAAAAUUCACCUGUGCAGUCAAAUAUUUUUGGAAAGAAAUAUCCUUGUUAGAGCAAUAGCACAUCCCAUGUUUUUUAUGAGAUCUAAAAAUGGGAAAUUUCCAGAUAUAUCUUAUUUUGACAGAUACAGAAGUAUGGGUGCUGUCCCUGUAACACCAAUAAACCUCUUCAAGCUUUUCUCUUCCAAGUCUCAUGUCUUAUUAUAUCCUGGAGGGAUACGCGAAGCUUUUCAUAAGAAGGGUGAAGAAUACAAGUUAUUCUGGCCUGAACAAUCGGAGUUUGUCAGGAUGGCAGCAAGAUUUGGAGCCAAAAUUGUACCUUUUGGUGCAGUUGGAGAAGAUGACCUUGGUCAAGUAGUUUUUGAUUAUGAUGACUUGGUGAAGAUUCCUUACUUCAGAUCUGAAAUAGAAAGCCUCACAAACGAGGCUACGCAGUUCAGGAGUGAUGUCGGUGGUGAGGUGGCAAAUCAGCAAGUGCAUUUGCCUGUGAUUUUGCCUAAAGUUCCUGGCCGGUUCUACUUCUAUUUUGGAAAACCAUUGGAAACGGAAGGAAGGAAACAAGAACUGAGAGACAGGGAGAAGUCUCGUGAGCUUUAUUUACUAGUGAAAUCUGAGGUUGAGAGAUGUAUUGCUUAUUUAAAGGUGAAAAGAGAAAAGGACCCCUACAGAGGUAUAGGGCCUCGGCUAUUAUACCAAGCUACACAUGGUUUUGAGUCUGAAGUUCCAACAUUUGAAAUUUGAUUGAUUUUCAUACAGAAAAGGUAAUUUUCUAAUUGGUUUAGAGAGGCCUUUGCAGUUUGCAUUCGCUAGGUUAGAGUCACACUAUGUACAUUGCCAGUAGUUUCAGGCAUUGUUUUCUGGCCAAAAGGCAAGAAUAAGCAUGAUUUCUCAGAGAAACAUUGUACAUUUUUUCCAAGUUUAAAUCAAUAAGCGAUAAAUACAAAUGUUAGGAAGUUAAAUUCUACUUCGUGCAACCGAAAAUAUCAAAAUUUGUCAUAGACGUCUACAGUUGAAAGUAUUUGUGAGAAGCUUUUGAAAUUUUUGUUG